GCUUUCACGAGAGGAAGAAAUAUUUAAUUUUUGUUUUUGAAUGAUGAGAGCAGCCCGUGUGUUCAAGUGUGGUCGCACUUCUCUGCAGAGAUCGAAAGAAACAAGCAAUUCAUACAAGACAACUAAAUUGAAACAUGAGCUUAAGAAACUGGAAAGAAACGAUGUUAUAUUUGUCUUAGAUGAGCAGAAAGGUAACGCCGCUCGAAAAGUGUUGGAACUUCAUGGACGGCAAUAUCUGCAGAUCAGAGUAAACCGUGCUGACAAAACCAGUGGUAACCAGAUAACAUUAAAAAUCUGCUUUAACGUACACGAAGAUAUCUACAAAUAUCAGAAGUUGCUGCUCGGCGCGAUACACUUUUGUGACGAGGCCAUUCUUUUCCAUUCCCUUGAAAAACAUUUUAAAUCAAUUCAAACAAUUCUAUCUGACGCCAUGUUUUCCAACAAACCAAUAAGAUAUGAGCCUCUUGGUCGCCAUUUUGAAAUGAGCAAAGAGAUGACAGUCCACCAUGUUGAAAACGUCACGGAAUCUUUAAGACAACAGCUCGAGAAAGAAGGUGGUUACGUCAUUGACUUGCUUCGAUUUAGCAACUGUCAGUUGAUGGAGACACAUAUGCAUGCCAUGGAACAUUUAUUGAUGCAUGUCGCAAAAUUGGAUUUAACUGGCAACGAUGCAAUGUCGCCAAAAGCUCUUCAAGUUCUUUCACAUGACCUCCUAAAAGCAAAGACGGGGCUCAAGUCGUUAAAUUUGAGCUCUUGUAAUUUAACGGAUGCUCAUUUUGUACCGAUGCAGCCAUCUUUACACGUUGUAGAAGCCGUAGAUCUCAGCUACAAUGAGGAUUUGUCGCCACUAGCCAUGAAAAUGAUCACGGGCUCCAUGCAAUUCGCUGAUGCUAACAUGAUGACACAUAAUUUAUCAUGUUUAAUUUUAAACGGUUGCAACUUAAGUGAUGAACACAUCAAACAGUUGUAUCGCUGCGUCAGUAGGUUGCAUACAUUAGAUUUGUCUGGUAACACCAAACUAACAUGUGUUGCCAUGAAGGUGCUAGCAGAUGCAAUCACCGAAUCAAAAGUAAACAAGCUAAAGGUUUUGAAAUUAGAGAAUUGUGGGAUACUACAACCUCAUAUUGAAAAUUUAAUGCAUUGCAUUUAUUUACUUCAACACCUUGAUCUUAGCUGGAACGUGUUUUCUUCGUCAUGCGUCCAGUUAAUAGCUGCUUCAAUACUAGUUGAUAAAAAUCGAAAAAUAGAGAGUUUAAACUUGACUGGCUGUGAGCUAGCAGAUGAUCAUUUGUCGCACGUCGUCGACUGCAUGACGGCUUUGCAGACACUACAUAUCGGAUACAACAGAGACGUCAGUUCACAUUCUGUGCAAUUAAUUUCUGAAAAAAUGGCCAGUAUUCAAAAGAAUUCAUUAAGCACUUUAACAUUAGCAGGUGUGAAGAUUGAAGAAGAUGAUAUAUCAAAACUUUUUAACUGUGCAAAACAAGGUUUACAGAACAUGGACUUGACGCAUUGCCAACUCAAUAAUACACACAUUGCAAACAUGGCAGAGAAUAUCUCGUGUUUUACGCAACUGUACCUUUGUAACAAUCCUGAUCUAACAGACGUCUCUGCUAAAGUCAUAUCAGACGCUAUAACAAACAACAUUGAAAACGGAAGCCAUUUAAAGGUGCUUAGUUUUAAGAAGUGCCAGCUUAAAGAUGGAUUUAUUGAAUGCUUGGCACCCUGUUUAAAGCAUCUUGAAGUUCUGGACAUCAGCUAUAACCCAACGCUAACACCCUCUGCAAUGAAGAUCAUCUCAGAAAGUCUUUCCCCUCCUUCACAUCUUGCAGAGUUAAACAUUUCAGCAUCAGGUUUCAAAGACUCUCAUUUUGUGAAUUUAAACGGUUGUUAUGUGCGACUUGAAAAGCUGGAUAUAAGUGCUAAUAAUUUGACUUACAUCACUUUGCUAGCCAUUAAAAACGAUAUAGCCCAGUGCUCUCCACCUCAGCUGAAACUGAAAGAACUGAAAAUGUAUCAAGCAUUUUGCUUGCGUGAUUAUCAUUAUCGAAAAUUUGAGAAUGAACUGAAACCUUACCACGUUAAAGUAGAGAGUAUAUAACUGGCAUUGGUAAUUCUGUGCAAUGACUCUCUUGGCCUCUAAAAUAGUAAUCGAGACAUUAUACCUCGCUUCUCCAGGGUGUAUGUAAAUCAUAUUAUUUUGUGAAAACACAAAUGUACCA